UCAUAGUAAUAGUAAAUAGUAAUUAUAGUAAUACGCAAGAAUUAGAUUUGCCAACUCAGUCUUAGCUCGCAGCCUCUGAGAAUCGAAGAAUCAACAUCAACAGCUCAUCCAACGAAAAAGGAAAAAAAAAAAAAAAAGAAAAGAAAAAAAAAACCUUUUUAGGAUUUCAUGAUAAAAGCUUCCUUAUCCAAAUCCAUUAAAAGCACGUUGCCCAUUAAUUCUCGGGUAAGACGAAAUUUUCCUCCGUGUAUCUGACUCAUCCCCUUUUGUUAAUAUCAGUAACUAUACAUAUAUAAAUACUCAAAACUCUUUACCUCUUUAACUUGUCUUCUUGGUGGUGGUUUGUAAUCUCUAUUUGGGUUUUUGCUUCAGUUUUUUAAAUCUUUAUUAUCUGGGUUUUGGUGAAGAUUUUGGAUUUUGAAGAGAAUGGGGACAGAGUUUGUAGAUAAUAAUGAAUCUUUAAUUGAGAUUGGAUCUAGGAAUUAUGGGUGUUCUCAUUACAGGAGAAGAUGCAAGAUUAGAGCACCUUGUUGUAAUGAGAUCUUUGAUUGCAGGCAUUGCCAUAAUGAAGCUAAGAAUGCAUUGGAAACUAAUCCUCUUGAUCGUCAUGAUAUUCCUCGCCAUGAAGUUACAAAGGUCAUUUGCUCCCUCUGUGGCACAGAACAAGAUGUUCAACGGAAUUGCGUUAACUGUGGGGUUUGCAUGGGCAAAUAUUUCUGUGCAAAGUGCAAAUUCUUUGACGAUGAUGUAGCCAAGAAUCAAUACCAUUGUGAUGAAUGUGGAAUUUGCAGAACUGGUGGCAAGGACAAUUUUUUCCAUUGUGAAAAAUGCGGAUGUUGCUAUUCGAAGUUAAUGAAAGAUGCUCACCGUUGUGUGGAAAGAGCAAUGCACCACAAUUGUCCUGUUUGUUUUGAGUUUCUGUUUGACACUAUGAAAGAUAUUACUGUGUUACCAUGUGGGCAUACGAUACAUUUGGAAUGUGUGAGAGAGAUGGAGCAACAUUGCCGGUACUCAUGCCCAGUUUGCUCAAAAUCUAUAUGCAACAUGUCCAAAUUGUGGAGAAAACUGGAUCAAGAGGUAAUUUAUAUUUUAUACUGCAUAUUCAUGUUUUUUUUUUUU